AUGGCCAUCGGAGCGGGCGGCACCAAACCCAACAUCUCGACGUUCGGCGCGGAUCAGUUCGACGACUUCGACGCGCGGGAGCGCGAGGUCAAGGCAUCCUUCUUCAACUGGUGGAUGUUCAGCUCCUUCACCGGCGGCCUUGUCGCCGUGCUCGUCCUCGUCUUCGUGCAGGAGAACGUCGGCUGGGGCGUCGGGGCGGCCCUGAGGUCUGACACGAGGCGGCUGCUGCCGUGCACGGUGACCGAGGUGGAGGAGGUGAAGCUGAUUAUCGGAAUGAUCGUGGUGUGGCUGUCGACGUUGGUGCCCUGCACGAUCUGGGCGCAGGUGAACACCCUGUUCGUGAAGCAGGGCACCACGCUGGACCGCUCCAUGGGCGGUGUGCACAUCCCGGCGGCGUCCCUGGGCAGCUUCAUCACAAUCUCGAUGCUGCUCUCCAUCCCGGUGUACGACCGCGUGCUGGUGCCGCUGGUCCGGCGCCGCACGGGCAACCCUCGUGGCAUCACGCUCCUCCAGCGCUUGGGCAUCGGGUGCGCGUUCCAGGUGCUGGUGGUGGCGUGCGCCUACCUCGUCGAAGUCCGGCGUAUGCGCGUGAUCCGGGAGCGGUCCGUCCACCACGCCGGCGACACCGUGCCGAUGAGCAUAUUCUGGAUGCUGCCGCACGGCCUCGGCGUCGGCAACUUCCUCAACAGCCUUCUUGUGACGCUCGUCGACCGUGCGACGAGGGGGCGGGAGAGCGCCGGCAAGAGCUGGAUCGGCGACAACCUCAAUGACUCCCACCUUGACUACUACUACGUGUUCCUCCUGCUUCUGUCGGUGCUCAAUAUGGCUGUGUUUGUGUGGCUGGUGAUGAGAUACAAGUACAAGAGGGAGUUCCUGGAGGUCGAGCAUCCGGAGUCGGAGAUCGCCGGCGGCCAGGAGAGCGGCAAGUUAACGGAAGUGCCAUUGACGACCAAUGGUGCCCAGCCACCAGUGUGA